GUCUAGCAUUAUUUUCGGCGAGACGAACGGUCAGGACAUGCCUGACGUGCUUCCAACAGCGCGCCCCAUGCUCAGUAUUGCUAUUAGACCCAACUUAGCUCCGCCUGUUACUACUACCGUGGUCACUAAGGAUGAGGAUAUGACCGAUACGCCUCUCCCAGAGCAUUCUACAGUCAGGUCCGGCCGCCAUAUCUCUGAGGCUCCGACUAUCAUGACCAUAUCGUCUGUCAAUCGAAUCGAGCGUUCUACGUCCACGCUUCCUGUGACUCCUCUAACAUUUCUAUUAUCGACUGGACAGCCUCCGGCGACUUCAUCGUUGUCCGGCCCGACUGGCGCUGGAAGCACCAUCCAGUCACGGGCGAAGUUGAGGGCGCAGGUGAACUCACAUAACCAUUGGGCUAAUGGAAAGGUUCAAGCUUUAUUUCAACAGAUCGCUGAACUUCACCUCGCUCUUCAACAGGCUCUCUCAAGGACGGACGGUCCAGGAGCCAGGGAUAACUUUCGGAACGAGGUUCUUGGCUAUGUUGACAAUGCGGAGUCCGCAGCUGAGCUGGCCCAGAAGAUCGACUACGCAAUGAGGCAUCAACUGUUGACUAAUGCGGACUUCAACAAGCUUGCGAGACAUGCACACGAUGGGCAACAUGCUAGAAGGCGGAAGGCGCAAGGGAACAUUGCCAUACAGAACACGGGCAAUGCUCUGCAGACAAGCAAGCAGGUUGUUCUAUCUCAAGCCGCUGAUAAUGAUAAUGCGCUGCCAGCUGCUCCCGUCACGCCACUUGCUUCAUCUCGAGCCGCGUCCAAUGUUAUUGCGCAGCCAAUCAAUCUCGCCGCCCCUUCUCAGACGGCCAACGCCGGCGCUACAGUACUAGUCGGCCCCCUCAAGAGGGAAGAAUUGGCAACAUCAGGACCACAAUCGGGCAAAGAGGAGUUGACUAAAUUGCUGAUUGAGGCGCAAAGGAAGAUGAUGAACAAGACAGACAAGGCCUGGUCUUUGUUUGCGGGCAUGUUCGACUUUUCAUGGCGGAAACCAUCAGACAACGAGAUUAUGAUAGAUUAUGUUAUCAAGCAUCCUAGGUAUCAGGGUUCUGACAGCGGCAACCGCAAGAGGGUUAAUAUCGAAUGAACUAUCGAGGUGAUCAGAGGAUUGGUCGCCGAUCCGGCACCCUCCAGCUGUGAGAUCCUAGUCUGGACGUGCAACGAAGCACUAAAUGCUCGAGACGUCAA